AUGCAAAAAAAGCCAGACAACGCACACCCAAUUUUGCAUACGCACUCACAAUUACGGUUGAAGUUGAAAAUGGUUAAGAUAGCGUGCAGCACCACGGCUGCGAAUGUUGUCGCAAAUGAUGUUCAGGGCAACUGGUGCAUUGCUAAACCAUCGGCAUACAAUUUUCAGCUUUUGCGCAACAUAGAUUAUAGCUGUGGACAAAAUGGAGUGGACUGUCGGCCAAUUCAACCAGGUGGUAGCUGCUUUCGUCCAGACACUGCCUUUGCACAUGCCUCAUAUGCCAUGAAUCUCUUCUUCAAGGCUGCAGGAAAGCACCCAUGGGAUUGCCAUUUCAAUGGUACUGGCAUUGCUGUUACUCAGGACCCAUGUAAGUAUCCAGUUGAAAUUCUUCCUUUGGUACCUGUACCUAUCCCAUGUGAUGAUAAGAGAACUUGA